AGGUUUGUGAACAGGUUUUCUGUUUACUGUGACAACGAAUACCGUCGCAGACUCGGGUGGGGCCCUUCAUUCCUAUUCGUAAAAUAGGUGUAGCCUACUGCGCUCAAAACUCCAAGCUGCAAGUUCGAGCUUCAGUUUCGCACUGUGUGUCUGUCUGUUCUGAUCGCGAUCAUGUUUCGUUGUGGAAUAGCGUAUCCAAGAUGCAGGUGGAUCUUGCCUAUUCUAUUGCUUUUCGCAAUCAUUUUUGACAUUAUUGCAAUCGCUGCUUCCUCUGGAUGGGUCGAGGACGAGGGUGCGAAGUCCCACUAUGCCAACAUGUGGAGCCAUUGUCGAGGAAGGAAUGACCAAUGGGAAUGCAAGACUCUUAUGGAAAAUCCAUGGGCCCAGGCUGUGGCUGCUCUGAUGAUCAUUGGGCUUAUCAUCCUCAUCAUAGCCUUCAUCAUCUCCUGCAUUGCCCUCUGCUGCACCCUCAACAUCAGCCUCCUGCCUAUCAUCGGAAUCUUACUCUUCAUUGUUGUGGUUGUACAGAUCAUCGCCCUCAUCAUCUAUCCAGUCAAGUUCAACGACCUGAUCUUCGAAGGUCACUAUGACUUUACCUGGGCCUACGGCUUUGCGUGGGGCGCCACCAUCCUGACCAUCGGUUGUGGCAUUCUCUUCUGCUGCCUGCCACGCUAUGAGGACGAGCUCACAGGCAUGGCCAAGACCAAGUACAUCUACUCCUCUGCAUAAAGAAGCCACCCAGCCCCAAACCAUACUGCUUCCUGUACCCAUAAUCCUCUCCCUUCCUCUACCUACUAACCUCCCACAUUUUCCUCCCCCACCCUGCCCAUUCCUCUGCCCCUAAUAUACCCCUUGCUCUGCCCCUAACCACACCCCUAGAUCCAUCCCCUUCUCCCCAGCAGUGUCCGCAAGUGGAUGUCCCCCUACACCCUCCCACACAUUGAUCCGACAGUUUCAAAGUCACAUUCAAACAGUGACACCAUGGGAUGGGAUUGUCUCAAACGGAUCUGUCUCCAGAUGUCAUCGCAAAAAUCACCUAAGUGCACUUAACAACUAGGUAGUCACCCUGUAAUGUCUGAGACAUUUGUAAUAACGAUGGUUUUCUCAAAUACGGGUUAGCUUAAAGAAAUGAUGUCAACUCAUUUCCCCCAGAGGGACCUAGUUCUAGAUUAGCCUUCAUUUGUGCUCCAGUUACAGUCCCCAAGUGUUCCAGCCAGCUAAACCACUUGGUCACAGUUUGUAAGAUAAGUUACAAUGUUGUGGACACCUCUCUACUUCUACAUUCUAUUUGUGCUUGUUGAAAAAUGUAUUCACUCUUAUCCUGAAGCAUCUUAAAUUCUGCAGAUUAUUGCUUGGUUAGUAUUAAGAACUGUCAGUUCUGAGGAGAGAGGGCCAUAGGUAAAUAAGAGGAUGGUUAGAGCCUGACUAUGUAUUGCAAGGAAAGAUAAUGAAAAUGAAGUGGAAGAUUGAUUUAGAAUUUAUUUCAGUUUUGUUUUGGCCAUUUUGUACAUUUGUGUUUUGUUUUAGUAUGUGUUUUGAUCUUUACUAAAUAUGUUUUUCUUUGAUGAUAAUGGGUAAGACUGUGGGUAUGUGCUGCAUUGUAUACGUUUUAUAUUUUAUGAACACAAAUGAUAAUACACUAAUAGAAUAACAUUGAAAAGUCGAUUCCAUGUGCUUAAAAUUAGUCUGGAUUCAAAACUGUCGAUAGCUGACACUAGACAACAAUAUCAUGAAAAUAAUAAUUCUAUGAAUCUGUAAAAAGGGUUAUUUUUUGCUAAAAGUAUAUUGGAUGUUGGCUGUCAGUAGUGGAGCCAGACUAAAUGAGUGCUGUAAGGAAGUCAGUGUUAGGGAAGCAGAUGAGAGCCUCAUGGUGUUCAGUAGCACUGUUGGCUUGCUGCUCUCUCUCUGUCAGACUUCUAACGGCUGGCUGGGCGCUGUGCUAUACGAUGGCAGAAUGUAUAAAAGACCCGUGCCUUAAUUUCUUGAUAAAAACUUGUUGUUAAUGUACUGAAUGCUUUACUAGACAUGUCAAUUUGCAGGUCAUUCAAUAUUCAAUGACUGGCGAUGAUCACCUGUUAUUUCCUUUGGUCUCAUAGGCAGUUUUCACCUGUAUGUGUAUUUUUAAGCAAUAAAGAGUUUCUUUAAAAACUAAAUAA